AUGACGAUGAUGGACCCAAGUAGAGUUGGAUCUUGGUAUUACAACUAUAACGAAGAUGACACGCUUCAACACAGAUUCUCUGUGUUAAAUGAACUUCGUGUGGAUCAAAAGUUGUGCGAUGCGGUGCUAAAGGUUGGUGGCCAUUUAUUUCAUGUUCACAAGGCAGUGUUGGCCUGUUGCAGCCCAUAUUUCCGAGCCCUGUUCACGAAUGGGAUGCAAGAAAGCGGCAAGAACGAAUUGGAAAUAUCGGAUGUUGAUCCCCGAGCGAUGGAAAAAGUCAUUCAUUACGCGUACACGUUCGAAGUAAUAGCAACUGAGUGCAAUGUUGAGGUCUUGAUGGCAACAGCAGACAAACUGAACGUGACGGGUAUUCUGAGGGUUUGCCAGGAUGUAAUUCAAAAAUGUUUGAGCCAUGUAAAUUGCUUUCAUUACUUAGGAUUCUCGAGGACAUUCAGUUUUCAUAUUCUAGAACAAAAGAUCAUCAAAUUCAUCAAAGUCAACUUCGACCAGAUUGGUCUGAUGAAUGAUGAACUUCUUGCAUUAGAUUUUGAGGAAAUUGAACAGUUACUGUCCUGUGAUGAGCUUAAUGUCCGAAGUGAGGAGUUGGUAUUUGAAACGGUCGUCCGAUGGAUAAGCCACGCCCCUGACAAGAGGAUAUCUCACCUGCCGCGUCUGUUGAACUGCGUGCGUCUCGGUUUGGUGCCGACUGAAUAUUUCUUGGAGAAGAUUUCAGGACAUAAGUAUCUGAAAGGCAAUGAGGACUGCAAGACAAUGCUGAAAAACACAUGGGACUUUCUCUACGAAUUGGACAGGACGGCGAAUAAAGACAUAGACUUACAAAACCCCUUGGUGCGACCAAGGAUACCACACGAGGUGCUAUUUUCCAUUGGAGGAUGGAGUGGGGGCAACCCCAUCACAUUCUUUGAGAGCUACGACACCAGAGCGGACCGAUGGUACACACAUGCUUUCGUCGAAGACAACACACCGCGAGCCUACCAUGCAGUUGUUUCACUGGACGCGAAAAUCUAUAUCAUCGGGGGGUUCGACGGAACGUCUUAUUUCAACAGUAUGCGGUGCUUUAACCCUGCGUCGGGAGAAUGGUCCGAGGCAGCCCCGAUGCAUCAUCAGCGGUGCUACGUGAGUGCGGCGACCAUGGAUAGCUUCAUCUACGCCUGCGGGGGCUAUGACGGCCGAUGGAGACAGCAGACGUGCGAGAGAUAUGACCCCAAGGCGAAUCAGUGGCACAUGAUAGCCAAGAUGCACCUUCAGCGGAGUGAUGCAGGAUGUGCCGCCCUUGACGGCGUGUUGUACGUGGCUGGUGGAUUCAACGGAGAGGAAUGCCUCAACAGCGCGGAAAUGUACGACCCCCGAGUGGACGAAUGGACCAUGAUUCGACCCAUGGGCAAACCACGCAGCGGCGUCUGCGUGGUUGCCUAUGGAGACUGCAUAUAUGCGCUGGGUGGUUUUAAUGGCGUCAGGAGACAGGCGUGCGGAGAAAAGUACGACCCCAUUCACAAGACAUGGAACCCAAUUAGAAAGAUGUUCACCCCGAGAAGCAACUUUGCUGCAGUUGUCAUGGACAGGAUGAUCUUCGCAAUAGGCGGCUUCAACGGCACGACCACCGUUCCACACAUGGAGUGUUACGACUCCGAAGUCGGCGAGUGGUACGAUGCCACGGACAUGAACAUCAACCGCAGUGCCCUCAGCGCAUGCGUAGUAGCUGGUCUACCAAACGUCUGCGACUUCACAUAUCACGGUCACGCGUCAGCAAAACUGAUGGAUGAUGAGCAACUGAUGUCAGAAAAAGACCUGUAG